GUGUCGUUUCAGCCGGUGGAGUUUUUCAAAAAUUGGUAGCGGUAAUGGCAAGAAACAACAAGGACCAAUGGGUGUUGUCUGGAUCUGAGGCGGAGGUCCUCAACGUCGGACCGGUGACAAUGGAUCCGGUGCUAGCGGCGGACGUUUGGGCGGUGGGAAGGCUGAUUUCUGAACCAGCCCUUAUCACACGCGUCUUCCGGAGUGUGCUGGGACGCCUAUGGGGAUCACAGAACCAUGUGGAGAUACGAGAGGUGUCUAACAACCUCUUUCUCUUCAGAUUCGUCAACACAAGGGAACGCAACUUUGCUGUGCAAGGUGGGCCGUGGUACGUGAACAGGUUUCUGGUCGUCAUGGCAAAAUUUGAUGUAAACUCCAUCCCAUCUCAGGUGACUCUGGUGAGGGUACCUUUCUGGGUUCGAGUUUACAACUUGCGGGUUAGCCUAAGAACUGCAGCUGUGGUUCGAUCGCUGGGAAGCACUUUCGCUGGUCUCAUAACGUGGGAUAGGGCAGAAAUUCAUCGCUUCAGGGAAUAUAUGCGUAUCCGCGUCUGGGUUGAUGUCACAAAACCUCUAAGGCGGGGUCAAGCGAUGAAGGCCGAGGAUGGAGCCUCUUUCCAGGUGCGGUUCAGGUAUGAGAAGUUGUUUAAUUACUGCUACAAGUGUGGGAUGAUGGAUCACGUAGUCCGGGAUUGCGCUGAAAUGGGUGAGCAGGAUAAUGGGGCCAUGCUUUAUGGCGCUUGGCUUCGAGCAGAUGAAGAAUAUGGGGAUGGUGGGCGAUAUAGGCGUGACUUCACAGGUCCGUCAAAGGAAAAAAAUGCUGAGUUCUGGGGUUCCAAGACCCAUGUUGGAUCAUCCAGUAAGAGCAUGGAAGAGAACGGGGCUGUUGGAAAAAGGGAUGACCCGGUGGACACUGAACUUGACAAGGAUGAUUUGUUAUUUGAUGAGGACCAUGCCAAAAAGCAAGCUGCGCAAUACAUGUCCAAAGUAAAUAAAUUUACGAACGCAACAGUGCAUGGGCCUAUGAAGGAGAAUCUUGGGACGUCUAGUUUGAGUGGGAAAGGAAAAUAUGCUGCUGAAACAGUGGAGGGAAUGGAUGAUGAUGAGAUUGGGGAUGAUGACUUAUUCUAUGAUGAGGAUGAGCCACAUGAAGAUGGGGUGCAUCACAUGCAGAGGCGGAUCCACCGCCUGGCCACCCUGGGCCUGUGCCCAGGCUCUGGCCACAAAAAAAACUUUUUUCUUUGGCCCAGAUCAUAUUUUGGACCCCAAAAGAACAAAAAAAAAAGGGCAAAAUUGAGAGAGACAGAGAGUGAGGCGUGGUGAGGGUGAGGGCUUGGAAUUGAGAGAGGCAGAGUGAGGCUUGGAGCAGAAGAGCAAAGGAAACAGAAGCGCAGUGUUUGCCAGCCCAGGGACAGCGGAAGAGAAAACAAGGGAAAGGAAAAACAAGAGCAAAACAGGGACAUCAACUUGAUGAGGCAGAGAAUAGAUGCACAAUCUCCAUUCUCUAGUGCUUUCCAAUUGCAUCACCCAUCGGCCACCGAAAUCCCCUAAUCGGUAUUGCUCUCCAAAGGACCAAAAUUGUGUCCUCCAACUCUGCCUGCAACAAAAGGAGAGAAAACAAACAAAAGAAGGAAAAAAGAAGAAAAACAGAGGGUUGUGUGUGCCGCAGAGAGGGUGAGCGGUGGGUUGUGUAAUGUGUGAAGAGGGCAAAAUUGAGAGGCAGAGGCCAGAGAGUGAGUGAGGAAGAUUCUAGAAUACUGUAUGAAGGGAUUGCAUUAAGUUUCAGAUCUGUGGUGUGCUGCUGCCUUUGUUUUGUUUCCAAUUUAGUCUCACUAUUAUUAUAUUGUUUCUGUAUCUUGUUGCGCUGUGAAAAUUGAAAUAGAUAUUCGUUGAGUAUGUUGGGGCUAUUUUCGUUUUAUUAUAUUUGGUGGGUGGUGGGUACUUGUUGCUGUUAAGUUUCAGGGUGCUUUAGAGAGUAGUCUACACUCUAUACACUAUUUUCUCCUUAUAUUUUGAUCUUUAUCUCCUCUUGUAAGUGGGUCAAGAACCCCUUGUGUUUGUUUAUUAUUUUGUAGCUUAUCCAAAAACAAAAUGGAACUAUGGAAGUUAUGCACUUCAAUUUUAAAUUAAUGGAACUUGCUGCAAUUUUGAAU